CUUCACAUUUUGAACAAAAUUACCACGCUGCCCUCUCAAAAAAUAUACCCUAAUUCCUCUCUCAAUCGCAAUCUGAUCACAUCACAGAGACGGAGGGAUGAGAAAGCUCGACCAAGAGCGUUUCUGACCAGCUGAUCUGAAACACACUCACCCAACCUCUCAAUCCUCACCAAACUCGACGAUCGGUGGCGUAAAACCCGAGGACGCGACCGUGGAGCCCGAUCUUGAUCCGACCCACAACGAACGACGAACACGACGGUCUGAGAGAGCACCGAUUCCGGUCACGAACGGCGGGCACGACGCUCCUCAAACCCAGUUCCACAACCACCACCACAAAGGCGGCGGCGUAGAGUUCGGACCGUUGGUGUUGUUCAUCGGCUAACCUGACUAAAGAUGAUGAUGCCAGUGUUGUUUGCACAGCAAGGAGGGGUGAACCGUUGCAUUGACAUUAAAACACAGACGAGCACAGAUACCCCAACCAUUUAUUAUACAAGAAAGAGAAAAUCCGCAGAACUCGAUGAUAGUGUAAAGCAUAUACUAGAAGGAGAAGAAGGAAAGAAAAAUGGGGGGUCAUCACCAAAGAACACCAGAACUUCACUGAAAAAGAAAAGGUCAUGUAGAGAUAUUAAAUGUUCAUAUGGUAGAACCUCAGAGAAGCAUUGGAGUGCCUCAAACAAGAAAAGAACUGUAGAAGAUGAACUUUCUUCAGGUGAAAAGGAAAGUGAUGAAAAGAAAGUGGGGCCAUCAGACGAAAAAAUAAGCUCAGUUAAGAAGACAAUGUCAACUCAGGGAACUGAAAGAUCAGAAAGCAUCAAACCUUCAGGAAAGCAUAACUGUCCCUCAAAUAAGUACAGAAUCCUUGAAGAUGAAUCCUCAAUGAGUGAAAAGGAUGAUGAUUAUGAGAAAAAAGAAGAGGAACUCAGGACAUCAUCGCCAAGAAUAAAAAGUUCAAUUAGAAAAAGAAGGGUGACUUCAUAUACCAAAUGCUCUCAUGGUAAAGGAGUCUCAAAGAAGCAUCAGGGUGUCUUAAGAAAGAGAAGACUUCUUUUUGGAUUUUCUUCUGAUGAAGAAGAGGAAUUUAAAGUCAAUAUUGCAGAUUCAUUAUCCAGUAUUGGAACAAAAAUUUCAACUAAAGACAGCAAGGUAACACUAGAAGUCGAAGGCCCUGGUAAAAGAAUUUCAGAAAGACAACUUGCUGCGUCAAACAAGAAAAGAGUCUUUGAUAAUGAAUUUUAUUAUUGUGAGUGGUUUGAUGAUGAAGAAAAUAUGGAAGAUAUGGAAAUAGAGUCGAGGAGCAGAUGCAAAGGUUCAGAUGCUGUGAAGAUGAAAAGAAGUUUGGAGGGCAAAGGAGAGAAAACUAAUGAAUAUAAGGAUCUGUCUUGCUAUCAUUCAUCUACUUCCUCCUCGAGUUCGAAUGCUGUGAAGAAGAAAAGAUUUUUGGAGGGCAAAGGAGAGAAAAAUAAUGACUAUAAGGAUACAUCUUUCUAUCGUUCAUCUACUUCUUCCUCGAGUUCAAAUGCUUUGAAGAAGAAGGGAAGUUGCAAAGGAGAGAAAAUUAAUGACUAUAAGGAUCUGUCUUGCAAUCAUUCAUCUACUUCUUCCUCACCUUCCAAUUCUUGUCAAUUGGUUUCAGUUUCAAAAAGUGAUCACAGAUGCAUAACGAAGAAUAUGAAGGAAAAUGGAGAAGAGUGCUAUAUGUGUCAUCAGUGCAGGAGAAAUGAUAGAAGAAUUGUUGUUCCUUGCACCAAGUGCAGAAAACUACUAUAUUGUAUCCAAUGUAUCAGGCGGUGGUAUCCUGACUUGUCAGAAGAAGAAAUUGCAGACUUUUGCCCAUUUUGCCGAGGAAUUUGCAAUUGCACCAUGUGCUUGCACUCAAGUGGCAUGCUUAAGAUGUCUAAAAGGGAUCUCACUGAUCGUGAAAAGCUUCAGCAUCUUCAGUAUUUAAUCAACACGCUUCUUCCAUUUCUAAAACAAAUUCAUGAAGAACAAACUCUCGAAACAGAAAAGGAGUCUGGUAUUAAAGGGGUGGUGUCGUCUCCAAUUGAAAUAAAAAGGACCAUUUGCUGCACUGAUGAGCGUAUCUAUUGCAAUCACUGUGCAACUUCAAUCACUGACCUCCAUCGAAGUUGCCCAAAUUGCUCUUAUGAGCUCUGUCUUAGUUGUUGCCGGGAGCUUCGCAAGGGAGACAUUUCAAGAGGCGGCAACAGAGUUGGUUUCAAAUAUCUGAAUAGAGGUUAUGAUUACAUGCAUGGAGGAGAUCCUCUACCAGAAUCUUGUCAUCAGGAAACUUCUGAAGAUCAUAAUGAGCCACUAACUGUAUGGGUUGCUGAAAGUAAUGGAAGUAUCACUUGCCCUCCAAAAGAAAUGGGUGGAUGUGGUAGUUGUGUUUUGGAGCUCAGGUGCAUCCUUCCAGAGGGCUGGAUUUCAAAUUUGGAAGCAAAAGCAGAACACAUUUUAAGGAACUCUAAACAUGACCGAACAAUUUCCAGGCCCAAUUUUCGCAAAAAUGGCACUGGUAUGUUACUUAAAGCAGCUUCUAGAAAAGACUCUGCUGACAACUACUUGUAUUGGCCGACUUCGAAAGAUGUCUUAGAGGAGGAAGAGUUCUUGCGCUUCCAAAGCCAUUGGGCCAAAGGUGAACCAGUGAUUGUUCGACAUGUUCUUGAGCAGACAACUGGUUUAAGCUGGGAGCCGAUGGUGAUUUGGCGUGCAUUAUGUGAAAACUUGGAUUCAAGGACCAGUUCAAAAAUGUCAGAAGUGAAGGCCAUUGACUGUCUGGCAGGUUGCGAGGUUGAGAUCAAUGCCUGUAGUUUUUUCAAAGGUUAUACAGGUGGCAGAAGAUAUGAUAAUUUCUGGCCUGAAAUGCUCAAGCUAAAGGACUGGCCACCAUCUGAUAAGUUUGAGGAUCUCUUGCCACGCCACGCUGAUGAGUUUAUCAGCGCAUUACCUUUCCGGGAAUACACAGAUCCUAGGUCUGGUUUUCUUAAUCUUGCUGUAAAGUUGCCUUCAGAUGUUCUUAAACCAGACUUGGGUCCAAAGACAUACAUUGCGUACGGUACUACAGAAGAACUUGGAAGGGGGGAUUCUGUGACAAAGCUUCAUUGUGAUAUGUCAGAUGCGGUUAACAUUUUGACACACACUGCUGAAGUUGUGUUGGAUAAGGUGCAGCAUUCUGCAAUCAAAAUCCUGAAACAGAAACAUAGGGCACAAGAUGAAAGAGAACGCUUAGAUCGAGAGAAACUUGGUAGUGACAUCAAUGAAAAAAGAGUAGAUGAGCAUGAAAGACAAUGUACUUUUCCUUGUUCUUCACCAGAAGGUGCAAUUGAGGAAAUGGGUGAUGCACUAUGGGACAUUUUUCGAAGGGAAGACAUACCCAAGUUAAAAGAAUAUCUUACAAAGCACUCAAGAGAAUUUAGACAUACCUAUUGUUCUCCAAUAGAACAGGUGGUUCAUCCAAUUCAUGACCAAUCCUUUUACCUGACUUUGGAUCACAAGAGGAAACUCAAGGAGGAAUUUGGAAUUGAACCAUGGACGUUUGAGCAACGACUUGGAGAGGCAGUGUUCAUUCCUGCUGGAUGUCCGCAUCAAGUCAGAAACAUGAAGUGCAACAAGUCCUUCUCUCUCGCGGUCUCCAGCACAACUCCGAGAAGAGAUAAGAUGCAGAGGACAACAAGAAUGCUAGGGUUUUGGGGAAGAAGAAGCAGAAGAGGAGGAGAAAGGGAACAAGAGGCUAAGAGAGCUUACCUGAAAAAGACGAGAGGAGCUGGCGCGGGGAAUUGCAACAGGGGAAGGUUAGUCGGGAAUUUUGCUCUCUUCGUCUGCAACUGUGGAAUUUUGCUCUCUUCAGAUGGGCAAGUUGAACUAGGUCAUACUUGCCUAAAAAAGAUUGGUCUUGGGUCUUAUACUUUUCUUGUGCUCUAAUUGUUCUAUUGUACAAUUGGGCCAUGGGCUUUGCAAACUUUAAGUUUUUGAAGCCCAAUGUAAUAUUUACAUUUAUAUAAAAUUUGUAUUACAUUCCAAAAACUAAAUAAAUAAAUAAAAUUUUAAAAGAAUCUAUUGAUAAUUUUAUAUAAACUUAUUCUUUUAUAUAUAUAUUUUUAGUUAAAGACUUAUUUUUUUAUAUUUAGCUUAAGAUGAUUCCUUAGAACACCUUGAACAAGACAGUAUCAAGACUAAGAUUUGUAGUAGGAAAUUGGCCCAUACAGUGGUAGAACCUUCUGAACCACACGUACCACCUUUUGAAGACAUCAGUACGAUUUAAUCCUAAACUUAGGCUAUAUAUUAUAUAUUAUAUAUUUGUGUUUUUGGUUCAUUUUUUAUUUAUUUUGAAGACAAUUUUUUUUGAGAAAGUUUUAAUUAUAUUUUUAUUAGUUUGGUAGAAUCUUACGAUUUACUAUUCGAUUUUACGAUAUCCAAAACGAUUCUAAAUAAAAUCUUUAUUUUAACAAUCUUGGUGUGACCAUAUCGUAGUGAAUACACGAUAUUCCGUUCAUCAAACGGAGAGAAUGCAUUUCCCAUGAACAUUAUAUAGUUUUCUCACAACAAUUUUUGUUUAUAUUAUAUAUAGUUUCUCAUAACAAUUUUUGUUUUAUCCAUAAAACAAGUCAUGCACCAAAGUCGCAGUAGACUUUGUUUCCCCUGAAAAUGUACGAGACUGCAUGAAAUUAACUGAAGAGUUCAGACGGCUACCUAAAGACCACAAGGCCAGAGAAGACAAACUAGAGGUA